AAAACUCGUCACACAAGCUGAAUAUCCAUGCCUUUAUUUUCGAUUCUGAUAAGAAAGUGUUAUCGAAUCAGCCAUCAUUUCAACCGUGUAUUAAUAUCACUCUCGGAGGGAGUUUACUGGCACACGGAAGAAAUUCUUUUGUCACAUCUUAUAUAAACAAAAUGGAGGCGGAAAGUGUUUUGGUCACUGGAGCUAACCGUGGGAUUGGACUAGAAUUUGUGAAACAAUUGGUUAGAUUGCCUAAUCCGCCCAAAUUUGUAUUCGCCACUUACAGGGAUGAAAGUACUAUAGAGGCUCUAAAAGAAAUCAGGGAUGCUACGAAAGAUACUCAGGUUGUUCUUGUUAAAAUGGACAUUACAAAAAAGGGUGAAGUUGAAAGCGCAAGAAAAAUCAUAGAAGCCAAAGUUGGCGACAAAGGUUUGAAUCUUCUCAUCAACAAUGCCGCAGCUCUGAAAAUGCAAGGUUUCCCAGACAUAACCGACGAGAAUUUGCUGCUUCAUUUCAACACAAAUACAAUUGGACCAGUCAUGGUUUUAAAAGAAAUGCUUCCAUUGUUGCAAAAAGCAGCUGCUCUGAAAUCCGGAGGAAUGAAUGUUUCCAGAGCAGCUGUUCUCAAUAUUUCUGCCAUGGGUGGCUCUAUCACUGAACUGACUGACGAACAGCCGAGGAUAUUUCUGUCUGCAAUGGGCUACAGAAUCAGCAAGGCUGCUCUGAACAUGGCCAUGCGAGUAAUAGCCCUCACGAUAAAAGAACAAGGAGUUCUGGUGGUGAAUAUGUGCCCUGGCUGGGUGAAGACAGACAUGGGCUCCGACCGGGCUCUUCUGACAGUCGAAGAGAGCGUGUCCAACAUGUUGGAGACUCUACCUCGACUCAAUGAGUCACAUCAUGGUACCUUUAUGAGAAGAAAAGGAGAACUCGCUCAGUUCUGAUAACUUUGAACAUGUAGAAGAUAUUUGUAUCUAAUUUUGUAAUAAAUGUAAUUUGAUUAUAAAACUCUUUGAGAAAUUAGGAUGAUUAGUAACAUUUUGAAAUUAUAUUUAAUAAAACAGAUUUCAAAAAUGCAAA